AUGUCAUCAGCAAUCCACUGGAUCCGACGACAUCGGGUCGCGUCCAUCGUGCUGGCCACUAUCGCAGCUCUACUACUUCAUUUCUUAUUGUGGAGGGUCAAACAGGACCAGAUCUUCAUCGUCCCAACUGUUCCCAUCAGCAGCCACCCACUCGGGGCCAGUACCAAUUUUACUCCGCCUUUUCACACAAAGGGUCGACAAAUUCUAGAUGCCCUGGGAACCCCUAUUAAGCUGGCUAGUAUCAACUGGUAUGGGGCAAGUGAUAGUGAUUUCGUUCCCGGAGGACUGGAGGUGCGGCAUCGUGAUGAGAUCGCGCAGUUGAUCCUCGAUUUGGGAUUCAACAGUGUGCGGCUACCGUACGCCGAUGAGAUCGUGAACGAGAACGUUGUGGUAGGAGCCGAGGUUAUUGCUGGAAAUCGAGAUUUGUUCGACGGUAUGAAGGAAGGGUCGUCGGUUCGGGCGUUGGAUGUUUUCCACGCUGUCGUGGAGAGUCUGACCGCGGCUGGGCUGCUCGUCAUUGUCAACAAUCACAUUACGCAAGCAACAUGGUGCUGCGGAGCCAACCCCUGCGAUGCAAGCUGGUCGAAUGAGUGGUUCGGUGGCCAAUUACUGUGUCGUGUCCCGCAAACCGAAGAAAACUGGAUUCGCAACUGGGAGACGGUGAUGCAGCCCUUGGUGCAAAACCCCCAUGUAAUGGGAGCGGACCUGCGAAAUGAAGUCCGCGGGCUCUGGGGGACAAUGCACUGGGAAGAAUGGGCAAUAGCAGCUGAAAAAGCAUCCGAGCGAUUGCUGGCGAUGAACUCGAACUGGCUGAUGAUUGUGGAAGGGAUAUCGUCCGCGAACGACUUAUCAGGAGUGCGCUCACGGCCCGUGCAACUCAGCGUUCCAGAUAGGGUGGUCUAUUCAGCACAUGUCUAUAAAUGGUCCGGCUGGGGCAGCCUACGCCCCUAUGGAGGACGAUCAUAUGAAGACUUUGCAACGGAGAUGUGGACAAACUGGGCUUAUCUGGUGGCCGAGGAUAUGGCGCCUGUGUGGGUGGGUGAAUUCGGAACCCCCGAUGAUCAGUCGGAAGGGGAUCAGAACUACUGGCGUCAUCUGGUACGGUUUUUGAGUCUGAUGGACGUGAGUUGGGGCUACUGGGCGCUGAAUCCGCGCAAGGCGACGGGGGAGUGGGAGAGUUAUGGGUUGGUGGACGAUGCAUGGGGGUCGAGCACUCGAUCUCAUGAUCGUCUAGCGGAUUUGAAGCGCCUGGGACUGAAUGUGGACUGA